AGGAGGAGGAGGAGGAGGAGGAGGAGGAGGAGGAAGACGAGGGCUCUGGGCCUGCCCCGCUGCUUGCCGGGGCCGGGCUCGCCGGGCGUCUGCGUCCCGCCCCCGCCCCGCCUCCUCCUCCCCCCCUCCGCCUGCGGCGUGGUGGAGCCGGGCUGAGGCGGAGCGGGGCGGCCGGAGAGGCUGGCGGCUGGGCUCGGUUUCCUGCUCGGUGGGCGUCAGCCGGGCCCCGGCGGGCCCCGCCUCCCCCGGCCGCCCGGCCGGCCCCGCAGCCGUCAGUCAAGGCAGCGGGCUGAGGCCGGCGGCGGCGGCGGGCGGAGAGAGAGGCAGCUACGCCACAGCCCAGCGGCGGCCAUUCGUGGAAAAAUAGGCCGUCCCGCUCCUCCCAGCUCCGGCUGCGACCGGCCUUCUCCCCGCUACCCCCACCCCACCCUCCGCCUCCUCCUCCUCCUUCUCCUCCCCCCUAGAGCGGCGCCUCAGCGGGGCAUUAAUGCGGGAUGAGCGAUCAAAAGAAGGAGGAAACUAUGCCCACAGAGGGAGAGAAAUCUCCCGAGGCAGAGAAUAACAACAAUAAUAAUAAAAAAGGGAAAACUGGAGGCUCACAGGAUUCUCAGCCUUCACCUCUCGCUUUGCUAGCAGCCACUUGCAGCAAAAUAGGAACUCCUGGUGAGAAUCAAGGAACUGGACAGCAGCAGAUUAUUAUAGAUCCAAAUCAAGGUUUGGUGCAGCUUCAGAAUCAGCCACAGCAACUAGAAUUGGUAACAACUCAGCUUGCUGGAAACGCUUGGCAGCUUGUUGCCGCUGCUCCUUCUGCUUCAAAAGAAAAUAAUGUUGCUCAACAAGGAUCUUCCGUUGCCUCGAGUGCAGCAAGUCCCUCCAGCAGUAACAAUGGAAGUGCAUCUCCUUCAAAAACCAAAUCGGGCAAUUCUUCUGCAACAACCCCUGGACAAUUCCAAGUCAUUCAAGUACAAAAUCCAAGUGGUAGUGUCCAAUACCAAGUGAUCCCACAGAUUCAGACAACAGAAGGUCAACAGCUUCAAAUCAAUCCCUCUAAUGCUACUGGUCUGCAAGACAUACAGGGUCAAAUUCAGCUUAUUCCUGCAGGGAAUAAUCAAGCUAUCCUCACAACUGCAAAUAGGACAGCUUCAGGGAGCGUUCUUGCUCAAAACCUAGCGAAUCAGACAGUUCCAGUCCAAAUUAGGCCUGGUGUUUCCAUACCACUGCAACUGCAAACUAUUCCUGGUACUCAGGCGCAGGUUGUAACGACGUUACCUAUAAACAUUGGUGGGGUAACCCUAGCAUUGCCUGUGAUAAACAAUGUGGCAGCUGGAGGAGGUUCGGGUCAAGUUGGCCAGUCUACUGAGAGUGGAGUUUCUAAUGGAAAUCAGCUAGCAUCAACGCCCGUCACUUCUGCCUCUGUUACUACAAUGCCAGAGUCUCCUUCCUCAUCUUCCACCUCUACGACCACUGCCUCAACAUCUCUAACGAGCAGUGACACGCUAGUAAGCUCUGCAGAAACAGGACAGUACACAAGCACAGCAGGCAGCAGUUCAGAGCAGACAACUGAGGAACCUCAAACCGCUACAGACUCUGAAGCACAGAGCUCCAGUCAGCUUCAGUCCAAUGGACUACAGAAUGUCCAGGAUCAGUCGAGUUCCCUUCAGCAGGUCCAAAUCGUAGGUCAGCCUAUUCUGCAGCAGAUACAGAUCCAGCAGCCUCAACAGCAGAUUAUUCAGGCCAUUCCUCCACAGUCGUUUCAGCUCCAGUCAGGACAGACUAUACAGACCAUCCAGCAGCAGCCUUUGCAGAACGUUCAGCUGCAGGCAGUGAGUCCAACUCAGGUGCUCAUCAGGGCUCCAACUUUAACACCAUCAGGGCAGAUCAGCUGGCAAACUGUACAGGUUCAGAAUCUGCAGAGCCUUUCAAAUCUUCAAGUUCAAAAUGCUGGGUUACCCCAACAGCUAACUAUUACCCCCGUGUCUUCAAGUGGUGGCACAACCAUUGCCCAGAUUGCACCAGUGGCUGUUGCUGGUACCCCCAUCACCCUGAACGCUGCCCAGCUUGCUUCAGUACCUAAUCUUCAAACAGUAAGUGUUGCCAACCUGGGUGCUGCAGGUGUUCAAGUUCAAGGAGUUCCUGUUACCAUUACGAGUGUUGCGGGUCAACAGCAAGGACAGGAUGGAGUAAAAGUACAGCAAGCCACAAUAGCUCCUGUUACUGUAGCAGUAGGUGGCAUUGCUAAUGCAGCAAUUGGUGCUGUUAGUCCUGAUCAGAUAACACAAGUGCAGCUGCAACAGGCUCAACAAGCUUCUGACCAGGAAGUGCAACCUGGCAAGAGAUUGAGAAGAGUUGCCUGCUCAUGUCCUAAUUGCAGAGAGGGAGAAGGAAGAGGCAGCAAUGAGCCAGGAAAAAAGAAACAACAUAUCUGCCAUAUUGAAGGAUGUGGAAAAGUUUAUGGCAAGACAUCUCAUCUUCGAGCACACCUGCGCUGGCAUACUGGUGAAAGACCAUUUAUAUGCAACUGGAUUUUUUGUGGCAAGCGAUUUACAAGGAGCGAUGAGUUACAAAGACAUAGAAGAACUCACACAGGUGAAAAAAGAUUUGAGUGCCCGGAAUGUUCUAAAAGGUUUAUGCGAAGCGACCAUCUCUCAAAACAUGUCAAAACUCAUCAGAACAAGAAGGGUGGUGGAACGGCCCUUGCUAUUGUUACCUCAGGAGAACUGGACUCUUCAGUUACUGAGGUUCUUGGUUCUCCAAGAAUUGUCACUGUUGCUGCCAUUUCUCAAGAUUCAAACCCAGCAACCCCUAAUGUUUCAACAAACAUGGAAGAAUUCUGAAAGGAUCAUUUAUAUGGAUGCCUAGUGCUGCACUUAAGUUUACAUACCUUUCAGGAUAUGGAAGUGGGCUGGUAAAGUGGAUUACAGAGCAGGAAAUCAUGUUUUCAGUCAUGACUUCUGUAAGUGUUCCAGGUUGGAGGGUCAGCAUGGGAAGUGUACACCGGUGCAACAAGACAAAAAUUUCAAAAAUACAAACAGCGCAAAUUGAUGUACUGGAUAAACAGAUGGGGGAAUAUUAUUUCCAUACUGUACUUUUUUAGUUAUAUGUCUGUAUGUCAUGUAAUGAUUUUAAAUGAACUCCCCCCCCCCAUUUUAGCAUUGUAUGUUAAUGUGUUCAUAAAAUUAGAUAAUAUCAAUGUAAAACAGGGUGGAGCUUGACUAGGAUUAAUAUCAUUUGAUGAAGGUACUUUGUUUUUAUAAUAAAUUUGUAAUAUUUUCAUGAGAACAUCAUUUUCCCAUAAGGCACAGCAAAGCCGACUGAACGAUAGUGGAAAUAUUUUAAGGUUUUGCUCAGUCCAUAGAACACGUCAGUUGAUUUUGGCCGUCUUUUCUCAAGUUUUGGAAUUACUCAACUAGCAGCUGGAUGAUGCAUGCUGCGAAGUGGUUCUGAGGUGGACCUCAGAUUAAUGUUGACCACUACAUUAUAGUAGUGUGUAUAAAUGACAAUCAGUGAGUUCUAAUUCCUCUCUUUGUUUGGAGAGCUAAGGUUAUGUAGAAUUAGUGUAUACAGUAGGAAAGAUAAACCCAUAGAAAGAUAGUAACAUAAGAUUUUACAAAAGUAACUGUAUCUUUAUGUAGGAUGAAAAAUGAAUAUGGCAGCUUUUGUGUCAGUUUUUGGUAUUUCAUUAUAUUUUAAAACAUUUGUGGUCCAUUUAUAACCUUGUAGGUAACAUGAAUCAUUAAAACUCGACCUUAAGUAUUUAAGUGUUUUAAUUUUGUUAGAAUUCAUGGAAAUUAAUGAGACAAUUGAGUGUUGUAGCUCAUUCUCCAGUAUCUUCUCUCUGUAAAUACUAGUUAUUAUAUUGUGGUUAAUGUGCUGAGUUCUUUAUGCUUUGACUUAAUAGCCAAAGAAAAGAAUUAAUUAUCACAUUUUAACCAAAAAAAGGUAUUGACAGUAAACAUUUUCUCUCUUUUCCCCUAAAUAUUACUGUCUUUGUUUUCUCUUCAAGGAUAAUAUGUGGGCUGGUAAUAAAUAUCUGUUACCUAUCAGGUCUUACAUUGAGCCUCCAACCACAAAACAAACUGGGGAAAGACAAAUAUAGUUAUCUUUUUACUACAUGACUUUUUGAUUUCAAAGGUUUGGUUACAUUUUCAGAUGUACCAGUUUAAUAGGGAUAUAGAGGAAAUUAAAAACAACGAUAACAAAAACAAACUGCAUUUUGUAUGUGAAAACUCCAGUACAUACAAGGAGGAAAGAUGGCCAAAUAUUUCAUACUCAGGAUUUAUAAUUACUUCCCAUAGGUAUAAAAAUAACCUUUUACACAUACAGUCAUUUGGUAAUAAUUCUCAUGACCAUUUUUAGAAAAAAUUUCUACACCAAAAUAUUUUUGAUGUAACUAAAGGAAGUACAGUGCAAGAAGGGUAAGUUGGUUUUUUUCCCAGCAAAUUCCAAAAGGACGAAUGUGUUUGGUAGCUGUUGGUUUGAGAGACGUAACAGAUACCUUGUGCAUUCCCUCACGAAACAUAUAUUUCUCAUCUGAAUACUUUAUCAAUCUUGUGGUGUUUUCUGUAUUUUUGAAGCAAGAGAAAUACCAAUCAUUGUUUACACUGUGUACACUUUAGGCCAGCCCUUUGUAGCAAAAUACUAAGCUGAAGGUAUUUUAUACUUUCAGUUUACAUAAAAAGCUUUGAGAUUAAAGAAAAACAAUUUUACACUGUGGUUAUAAAUUUCAAGUUUCUUAAAGCUUUUGUAGACUUGUAACAGAGUCUUUAAAUUUUAGUUGGGUUUUGUACAUUAUUUUGUAUAUUUUAUUUAAAGUACUCUUAACUGAUGUAUCUGGAUUUAAAACAUCAGAAUCAAUUAGAUGUUACAUUUAAUACAGAUGAACAUUAGGUAGUAUUAACUGUUAAUUUUAUUAUAUAGGAAAUGAAACGUCAAAUAUAUAUUUUAUCAUUAAGCUUCACAAUCAGUGCUAUAAAUUUCUUUAUGCAAAGAAAAAACUUUCCUAAUGUUAAUACCAUGUUUCCUAGAAAUUAACAAUUUUUGUAAAUGGAAGUUACGAGCAUUCUGCACAGCCAUUUCAUACAUAAUUUUUUCAUGCAUACUUAUGUAUGCAGAUAGGAAACUGAAGUAAUUUUUAAUCUGCGAUGAGUCCCUAUUAUAGAUGUAUCAGACCCUAAAUCUGGUUGGCUUCAUAGCAUCUCAAGUACAUUAACUUGUGUUAGCAGGUGCACAUUUUACCGCUGGAAUUAGAAGCAUUUUGCCAGUCUGUUCUGCAUACCAUUCUGAAUCCACUUUUCUGUCUUAAAAGGAUCGUAAAUUUCAAUGUCCUUUAUUUGACUCAGUGGGAUAUAGCUGUUGUAAGUAAUAGGGCACAGAUGUGCAGUAGUAUCUUGUUUAAUGGCAUUUCAUUGUUCAUUCCCUUUGCCACUGUUAAAAAUUUUGCUUUAUUGUAAUUAUCAGUGCAAAGUGUAUUUACCAUGGUAGAACUCCAGUGUUAGAAUAGUUUUUUUCUUACAAUAUACUUUCUUUGGUUAGGUUCGUGUAUGUGUUGCCGAUUACAUUAGAAAUUGGUGUUAAGUCAUUAUUUAUCACAUUCUUUCACGAGAGCAGUAAUAAAAGUGUGUAAUCUAGGAGAAAAAGUUAAUUUGUCAAAGUUAGGUAAGCAUGAUGUUUAGGUCCUAUUUUUCAAUUUUAUAACUGUUUUAUUGCAACAAUAUUUGUAUUUAAGUCUUCAUUUUAAUGCCUUGUGGUGUUUUUUUAUGCAUGUCACUGAAUUGUCAUCCCGCAAGAAUUGAUGUGCAGCAUAGGGUAUUAAAUCUACAUAAUGAUUUUGAAACAGAAAAAUAGUUGAUGGUAAAAAUGUAAAUGUUUUGCAAAAAUUCCUUAUAAAAAAGUUUUGUAGUAAUAUUUCACUUGUAAAUUUUUCUAAAAAAAUGGAAAAGGAAAAAAAUGAGAGUAACGUUUCCCCACAUCUAGAAUUUAGAAAUUCAUUCUGCCAGAAAAGCCUGUAAGGCAUUAAUUUGACACUUUUACAAUGCUGAUUUGUAUAAUUUUUUGGUGGGUUUGGAACUAAAAUCAUGUACAAGUUGUUGCCUGCAAUAACAUUUUGCAAGUAACCUAUUAAAAUUCCCUUGAGUUUAAAAGGUUUCUUCAUUUAAUUACUUACAAUAUAAAGCAGCAAUAAAUUACGUUUGAGUGAUAAUCUGUUCAUCAAGAAGAACACCAGAAAGCAAAUGCCUCUCAAUGGGGAAAGGUUGGCAGCAGCUUCUGGAUUUGUGUAAUUAAGACCUGUACUUGCUGGUCAGCGUUUCCCAACUGGCAAACUCCCAGCAGGGAAUUAAACCAGCAGAUUCUAGCUCAGCACGAAUUCCGUGGGAUUCGUUCGGCCCUUGGGAAUGGAAGUUACGGUUAUUCCUGAA